AUGCCAUCAACCGCUCCACCCGCGCCAGCAAUACCCAGCGUCUAUCGCUUCGUCUUUUGCUGGCUCGAGCCCGUCUCCAUCCUCACAGGCGCCAUCUAUGCACACUUCUUCCAGUCCACCUACCUGCACUUGACGCAUGCAGCCAGCUCACCGGGCGUCUCGCUUCCCAUCUCAACAUCCAUAGUCAUGUCACAGUUAGCGAAUUUGUACCUAGGACUUGCUUUUCUGGAAGCCUCGGUCUUGCGCGCCACUCCAGACAUCAAAGUCUGGAAGACCUUCUUGGUCGGCUUACUUGUCGCCGACCUAGGACAUUUGCUCACUGUCCUGCCCCUCGGAACCCCCAUCUACUGGGCCUUUUGGCGGUGGAACGCCAUUGAUCUGGGGAACGUCCCGUUCGUUUAUUUCCUAGCCGUGACGCGCAUCUGCAUGCUCCUUGGCGUUGGCUUCCAGAAGGAAGGUGUGAGAUCAAGAUCGAAGAUGACAUGA